AUGGUCCGAACACCAUCCAGAGAUCAGUUCUGGUAUAAUUUUGAGAAUUCUGCUCAAUUGCAGCAAAAUGAAUUAUUCAUUUUAGAUUACUCUUGCUCUGAUGGAAAAAAUAUUUUAGAAAUGACAAAUCAAAAUAAACUUUUCAGUUUUCCAUAUAAAUGGCUAAUCUUACAUGAGCAAAAUGAAGAUUUAACCGCAAAUUUCAUUAAUUUGGAUAUAUUACCUGAUAGCAAUAUUGUUAUGGCAGAAUAUACUUCGACACAUAUUUCUCUGUACCAAAUCUACAAAGCAUCGGUAAAUAACCAACUUAUUAUUGAGCCUUAUGGUAAUUGGACAAUUAAUAAUGGAAUUAUUGACAAUAGGGAGAGUUCUAUUAUUUCGCGGCGAAGGAUCAAUCUGCAAGAAUCAAAAAUUACCUUGUCCUUGGUGAUAACCAAUAAUGAUUCUGUGAACAAUUUGGAUAAUUAUAAAGACAACCAUAUUGAUACAAUAACAAAGAUUGGAUAUAAAUUGUGUAAUCAUUUAAUGGAUAUUGUGAACGCCACAAAGAGUUAUACGACAGUACCAUCAUGGGGCUACAGAGAUCCAAAGGCAGCAGGAGGAUGGAAUGGAAUGCUUGGAGAAUUGAAUAGAGGAGAGGCAGAUAUAGGUACUUCUGCGUUCUUCACUGCGGAUCGUAUACCAAUAAUUGAUUAUAUAACAAUGUCAACUCCUACCCGAACCCGUUUCGUAUUUCGCGCGCCUCCCCUGAGCUACGUCAGCAAUUUAUACGUACUGCCCUUUGGAACUGGAGUCUGGAUAGCUUUGGGUUUGCUUAUCUUAUUUAUGGUGGCAGCGCUCACUCUAACUGGAAAAUGCGAAAUUGAGAGAAGAAUUGGUAUACUGAUGUCUUUAAGCGAUUCAUUACUAAUAUCUCUUGGUGCUGUUUGCCAACAAGGGCCUUCUGAAAAUCCUAGAAAUCCAGCCGGAAGAAUUGUUUCCUUAUUUCUCUUUGUUGCUGUGAUGUUCUUGUAUACAUCAUAUACCGCUAAUAUAGUGUCUUUACUACAAGCGCGGACUUACAGCAUUAGAACGUUGAAAGAUUUACUUCAUUCACCAUUAGAAUUAGGUGCUGCUGAUACCGUAUAUAAUCGGUAUUAUUUUACGACAGCAACAGAGCCCAUACGUAAAGCAAUUUAUGAACUGAAAAUUGCACCAAAAGGCAAAAAGGCCAAAUUCAUGACACUACUUGAAGGCGUUCAAAAAAUUCGAAAGGGAUUUUUUGCUUUCCAAAUGGAGUGCGGUCCAGGAUAUAAAUUAAUGUCAGAGUUGUUUUAUGAAGAUGAAAAAUGUGGCUUAAUUGAAAUAGACUACAUAAGCAUUAUUGAUCCUUGGAUGCCUAUUCGCAAAAGAUCUCCGUAUAAAGAAAUUUUUAAAGUGAAUAUGUUCAAAAUCCGUGAAAGUGGCAUACAGUCUCGAGAAGUAGCCCUCCAUCAAACUGAAAAACCAAAAUGCGCCGCCAGCACUGCCAGCUUCGUCAGCGUUGGCCUCCUCGAUUGCUAUUUUGGAGGAAUGCUAUUAUUUUUUGGUACGAUGUCGUACUCCACUAUUUACAUGUCUCCCAGCUAA